AUGGGUGUCCGUUACAAUGCUGAGAAAUCAAAAGUGGGGAACUAUUACAGCACUCCAAUUUAUAAGUUCCGGAUGAAAUGCCAUCUGUGCGACAAUUAUUUUGAAAUACAGACAGAUCCCAAGAAUCAUGACUAUGUCAUCUUGUCUGGAGCCAGAAGAAAAGAGCAAAGGUGGGAUCCUGUUGCAAAUGAGCAGGUGGUGCCGGAAGAUAAAGCCACACAGAAAAAGCUGGCGACAGACCCAAUGUACAAACUGGAGCAUGGGACGGACGACCAGCAGAAGGGAAAGGCAAAGGUGAUGAGUUUGGCACAGAUUGAAGAAAGCAGAAUGUCCAUGCUGGAUGAUUACAUCCUCAAUCGCAUAGCCAGAGAUAAGUUUAGAGCAGAGAAAAAACAGCUGAAGGAAGCUGCAGAUGCUGAUAAAGCAAUUCUAGAAAGAGCAUCCUUGGACAUUGAUCUGGUUGAAGAGUCAGAGGAAGAUAAAAGACUUGCUGGAUUAAUGAAAUAUUCUGUAACAGCAUCAUUUGAAGAUAAACAGAAGGACAGAAGAAAGAGUAUUGAGCAGCGACCAAUCUUUAACACAGGAACUUCCUCACUACCAACAUCCACUUCAGUAUCGUCACCACCAUCAUCAGCUCAAGCUUCACCAAGUUCAAGACGCCCACCAGCCACUCAGAAUCAGGGAGAUUUGAAAAACAAACUUAGCAGAGUUCUCCAAGCAACAUACAAUGAUCCUUUCCAGUCUGUGAGAAAAAGUGGUGGAAAACUAGCUAAUUCUUUCUCGGUGACUGACCACUCUCGACUUGGUAUCAAACUGAAGCGUUCUAAGAAUAGAAUAUUAACACCAUCAUUGUUGGUGCAAAAGAAGAAUGUUGUCAAAGCUGAGGUUUCUGUGAAAUCUGCCUUGCAAGAAGAAGCUACUUCUAGGAUUAUGUGUAGUCCUGAACCAACACACUUCUCUGAUGUUUCUUCUUCAGCUCCAUUGACAUUGGAUACUGUUACAACAGUGACGGAGUCUUUACCACAGUGUUUAGAUCUCUCUGUGAACAUCACCGGCAUACAAGUAAAUACAUUAGCUUCCCCACAUACAGACAUAAAGAUUCUGGCUACUGAGAAAGAAGACAGACCCAAUGGUCUAAACAUUGCACCUCUCUAUAGUGGCGGCAAAGAGCCAGACUCCACGGAUGAGGCUAAAGAAGGUGAUAUUUCUGCAGAGUCAUUCACAGGAAAUUGUGAGCUGAGCAGAAGUACAUCUGCUGAUAAUUUACAUAACAGCAACACAGGGCUGCAAGCUCUAAUAAGCAGUUAUGCAGACUCUGACAGUGAAUGA